AUGGCGCGUUUAAUCAACGGCGCCGAGAGACGAUCGAGUAGUGUCCGAAAGUGGUGUUUCUAUUAUGCUGUGUUUUGUGCUCCAGGUGUUCUCAGUAAUAAUAAGUGGAAAGUGAUUUAUCCUCCUCCGAUCUGUGCUGUGAGGGGAUCCAAUGUCACUAUUGCCUGUUCAUUUACAUAUCCACCUGUGGGAGUAGAGCGAGUGCUGUGGUGUUCAAUGAGUUCAAACCAUGAUGUCUGUGAAAAUAUGCCAUAUGUUUAUGACAGUGGUGCCAACAAUAAUCAAAGCAACUUUCAAUACAUUGGAGAUAAAACUUCAAAUUGUUCUCUUUUGAUCAGUAAUAUUACUCAAACACAUUCUGGAGAGUAUAAAUUCAGAUUUAUAACCAAUUCGCCAGACGGAAUUUGGACAGGUGAUCCUGGAGUGGAAAUUUCAGCACACGAUUUAAGGGUGUUAAUGACCAAAUCGAGAGACAAUGGAAGCAUAAUAGUAGGAGACUCUUUGAGUCUGACAUGCACACUCAACUGCUCUAAUUUACAUGAAGUUCAGUGGUUUAAGAAUGAUGAACCGAUGACACAUUCAGACCCCAUCCUCACCUUCAGCAGUGUAACUACUAAAGACUCUGGGAAUUACUCUUGUUCGUUGAGGAACUUUAAAACAACUGUAUCUGAAGAAUUUAGAAUUUACAUUGAAGAUGUUGCCGUGUCCCCAACAGUUCUGAUUAUUGUAGUGUCUUUAAUCUCACUUGGUUUCAUUAUUGCAGCUGUGAUGCUUAUAAGAAGGAAAGCAGAAACUUGUGGCAAACCAAAGGAGGAAGGAGAAGAAAACCAGGCUAAAACCGAAACACCCACAGUCUCCACAAACCUAGAGGAAGCAGAAGAUGUGCUGCAAGAAGAUGAAGUGCAAUAUGCAUCUGUCAACAUUCAACCUAAAGAACGCCUUCAAAUGUCUGCCAACACAGGGCAGCAGAAUGAUUCAGCCAUCUACAGCACCGUAGUGAAUGGUUAA